GCGUAGUCCCUCAAUUGAGCGAUCGGGCUUCACAGAAAAUGUUCGAGACUGAAGUCGGAGAUCUCGUGAAGUCGGUUGGAAACCUAGACGCAGCCAGCAACACCGCUCUCCCCCCCCUCCCCUACCACCGAGGACGCAGGCGAAUGCCAUCUCUUUCGACCUCGGCGAUGCCCUCGGCGAUGCCCUUCUGCGCAGGUAAGCUUUUUGAUCCGUCAUCGCCCGUAAAGAAGAUUAAUGGCUGUUCAACCACGCUCUUGUAUGAAACGCCCUCUGGCUUCGCAAUUAUAUUUUGUGAUGGGGUCAACCCCAACAUUCCAAUGGAGGACAUCUGGGCAUACCAACCAGAGGUUCUUAGUAGCCCAUUUUCCUUCCUACCUAUCUCAUGCUUGUUGGCAACUGUAAUGCAUGCAAAAUUCACUGCAAUCUUUCACCACUCUUGAUAGAGCUUGCACCCUCUCUAUUACUUCGUCCGUUCCAAGAUAUUUGAAGGUCUAGGUUUGUUCCAAGUCAAACUUCCUUAACUUUGACCAUGCUUAUACUCUUUUUACUAAUAUUCUUAACAUCAAAUAUAUAUAGUAUACAAAUAUACUGUAUGAUGAAUCUGAUAAAACUAAUUUGGUCUUGUAAAUGUUUAUAUAUUUUUCUAUAGACUUGGCCAAACUAAAAUAUGUUUGAUUUAGGAGAGUCUAGAAACUUCAAAUAUUUUGGAAUGGAGGGAGUACUUUAUAUCACAAUAAGUUUCAUCAGUCCAACAUGUGUACUCAUCAAUGAAGCACUAAACCUGAGAAAAUAGGAAUUGAUUAUACAUAUGCUCCUGCAACCAACUAACAAAAUUCUUAAAUAUGAAUACAAAUUGCAAACAUUCCAAUAUCUAAACACUUGGUUUUGACAGAUACGUUGAGACCCAAUUUCGAGGCCAGCGAAACAUAUAGGCAACCAGAGCAAGUAGUUGUGAAAUUGAGUCAAGCUAGCGGAACCUAUUUUUCUGUGUUGGAAUUGAUCAUUAUCUCCAUGCUGCAGGUUUUGGUGUCAUUGUGCGCCAUCUUCAAUGGGCAGACAUCUGUUAAUAGGCCCUUAAAAAAUGAUUUAGUGCUAAGUGGUUACUGUUAUCCACAAAUUUGUAGUGAGUGUUACAUCGUCAUAGCUAGCGAUGAAUGAGCUCUGACAUGGUGCUUCUACCAAGAAUGCCACUAUGAAUUUUUCUGAUAUACUAUGAUCUAGCUUCCCAUAUGAGCAGUUCUGUCAGUGCCGCUGAAGGAAGUGUGUAACAAAGACUUAAGCAACACUAUACUUCACGGUUGGGGCACACCUACUGAAUUACCCUGCCUCCUGUCAUGAUUUAGACACAUUGCAUGAUAUUUAACAAGCUUUUUUAAAAGCCCUCUUGUGUUUCUUUCUCAGAAUGUCAGGGUGGUGAAAUUCAUUGAGUUUGAGGACAAGUCUACUGCCAUUGACCUUGCCAAGGAAAUUAUUGAUAACAAACUGUCUGACAUGCUCACCGAGUUUUGUGGCUCUGAGCAGAAACUACUUGUUGGCCGUGCUGAAUAUAAAAGAAUAAUUGAAAGGAAGCUGGCAAUAACCUGUCAGCAUGAUGAUAUUGUGGAGCAGAUGAUUUGGGGUCUAGAGAAUAUCAUGCAUAAUUUAUUGCCUGAACAAACAUCAGAGCCGAGGGAGUACCGCUGCCUCAAUAGCAAAGGAUUAAUCCUUUUCUUAUGUCAAUAUGGCUUUCUUGUCAAAGAAGAGUUGAUUACUGAAAGCUUCGUUGAGAUGGCUUGUCGCUUGUAUCAUUUCGAGUUAGGUGAACAGAAGAACUUGGAUUCAUUGUGCAGUACAAUACAGGAAUUGGUUGACGUAUCAUCUCUCACUAAGGAUUGGAGUUUACUCAAAUUGGCAACAGCUCUGAAGUUUCGUGUUUACCCUAAUCAAUCGUAUGAAGUUUGGAAACUUUCUGAGAUUUUGUCAGCUUCUGAGUAUCUGAACAUAAAAUCCAUGAGACGUCAAUACAGAGAAGUGAUUAUGUCUGUGGUUGAUGUCUUGUCGGUCUACAAAGAUGUUCUUGCUCUCUAUGAAAAAAGGCUUGAGAUUCUUUCAGAUAUAAACCUCGUGCUGCCGCUGAGGCCAAAGAAGAUCAAAUUAUGGAAUGCUCGUUUUUUGAGAAAACUCAAUUCGACUGAUUUAUGUACUGGCUCCAAAGUUGGAACAGAAGCUAUUACUGAUGUUGAUGGUAUGCUCGACUCCGCCACUGAAAAUAAUUGUAGUGGAGUAGCUCUAGUGAAGAGCAGUGAAUUGGGUUUCUGUAACGUCCCAAGACCGGAGCUUCAGAUGCCUUCCAGGGUUUCCGGGUUUUUCAUCAUGUGAGUUUGUUUGGUCCGUUGCAUUUCAUCUUUGCAUCAUGUGCAUUGCAUCAUGUUAUCAUGCCAUCAUGUCAUUUCUUUUCUUAACUCAACUAAAUAAAUUGCAUAGAUCGUUGAUCUAUUUAAAUCGAGGGAUAUUCACAAUGGUGAUUUCUCUUUAUAACAUAUUCAAAGUCUCCCAAUAUUAUCAGGGAGCUACAAUAAAUAUUCCAUUCGUAUGGGAUCAACCCAAACAAACUUUCAUUUCAAAUCUCUCUCAUUUUUUUUAAAUAUUCUAAGUCCUUGAUCCUUCUCCAAAUACUUCAAUUCCAGUUGUGGCACUUUGAAAUUUGUCAAAGUAUCUCCAUGCCAGUUUCCAACUCAACUUGUAUUUAUUUGGCCCUCCAAAUAAAUAUUUUGCUUCUAUCUCCUUUCUGUAAAUAGUAAAGGAAAAAAAUCAUUUUUUUCCUUCUUUUCUUUUAAUCCAGCCUGCUAGGCCUCCUAUUUUUUUUCCUCCUUUGAGAUGGUCCAAGGCCAAGCCGGCGCCCUCCCCCUAGGCCCGGCCGAUCCCCUCCAAACCCUAGCCCGAUCGCUCUCUUCCUCCGUUUUCCAUCCAGCGCCGCUAGGGGCCUUCGCUCGAGGCCUUUUCCCCCAUCUCCCUCGAUCCCCAUUCUCUCGAUCCCCUUCAUCCAGCGCCGCCACAGGGGAGGAGCCCCUCGUACCAGUGCCCGACCCCCAUCGCCUCCUCAUGUCCCUUGCCGCGCAGCGCCCGAUCUCCUCGCUGCUGCUUCCGCCAUGGUGCCGUGCCCUACUUCUUCUCCCGCGCCGACGCCCUCCUUUGGCUGCUCGUGCCUGCAGCUUCGUCCGCGAGCAUGUGCAGCCAUGGCGCCACAAGAGCCCGCACCCGACCCCCUCGCCGAGACCUUGGUCGCCGCCGCGCCUUCUUGCCUCUGUGCCUUGCCUCACCUCCUGCCUCCCUCUGCAGCGCCAGGCCGCAAUCGCGCCUCCUCCUCGUCGAGUCCCCGUCGCUCGAGCGCUCGAGGAGAGGAGCUCCUCGAGCACCUGCGCCCCGCACCCGGCGUCCUCUGCGCCCAGCAGGAGCCCCAGCACCGGUCUUCCUACACCCGCGAGCACCACUACCUCCGGCGCGUCUCAGCCUCUGUUUCCGGCGACCUUGAUCUCCCCUACGACAGCCCCCUGCAUCGAGCUGCGGUAGCUCGACCGUUGCGCAUGACCCUGUGUUUGACCCCGGGAGCACUUUCGGGUCUUUCCCCAACAUCGCGUCUUCUUUUUGGAUCACGCCAAGAUCAGGGCCCUAGUACCACGACGACCGACGCAAGUUCCGCUACCGUCGCCAAAACCCGAGACAAAGUACCCUGACGGUUCGUCGAGACCGGCAAGUCACAAGAUUGUCCUGGAUAUCGUCAAGUACCAUGACGACCCUCGAAAACCUCGGAUUCACCAAGUUCCCAGGACGACAAGUGUGACUCUUCGGAUGCGCCAAGUUCGUCUACACAAAAACGCCUCAUGUCGGCAAGACCCGCAAGUCGGACCCCGAACGAUCGACGUCUCGUGGACCGUGUACAACUACCGUCGCCCCAAAGACGUUGGAGUCAUCAAGUACCUCUCCGAAACGAACGUGAACGACUACCGCCGCUAAGAUCACGAGUACCUCUACCGUCGUCAUGUACCCCUACUUUCACUAUGAACGUCCCGAGAACGUCUACUUCCUCUACUUGGCACCAAUCGAGAACCGUCCCGUUUGCACACUUCGAAGGUAUAACCCGAGACGACGUCCGUGUAACGAAUGCUUGUGAUGUUUGAGAUGCUCAUGUUCGAACCGUGUUCGAGUUGUCAUUGCACGUUCCUUCUCAGUUGCCAUGCCGUCGACCCAUGGGGAACCCGGUAUCCGGGAUCACCCCACCAUCCUCGCAUGAUCCGUUCAUCCACAUUUUCUCUUGCACCGACAUCUCAAUGAGUUGUCGGAUCACCCGGAAUGUUGCCGUGGCACCAUUUCCGUGGUAGUUGGCAUGGCACCCUUUUUGUUCCGCCAUGACGACCAAAUGCUUCAUAAUGCUCAUGUCAACUCUUAAUAAAAAUUGCAUAAAACUUGCUCAUGUCAUUCGCAUCAUGAUAAUAACACUUAAAUGUUUAAAAU